AUGGCGACCCUGAAGCCCAGCGCGGGGGAUCUCGAGCGGUAUCUCAAGACCCUCAAGGAUCAACCAUCCAGGCUCCUGAAGAGAAGACAGAUCCAAGGCUCCGAGCUCUGCGCCAUCGCGACCGCACACAUUCUCCUCCAGGUAGUUGCCAAGGCAAAAUGGACCGACGUCGAUUCAUUGUUGGAAAAGGUUCAGCAGAUUGGCUUGCGCCUCAUCGCCGCCCAGCCCAAAGAAUUGGUGGUAGGCAACAUCGUUAGACGCGUAUUAAGCCUGAUCCGAGACGAGGCGGCGGAAGACCGAAACGAGGACAUCAGCGAGACCGCCACAGAGGCAGGAGCGACACCGACUACAGCAUGCGCCCUGGCGCCCUCACAUCCGUGA